CUGUUUGAAUCUAUGUUACCUGCAAUUAGCCCACGGGCAAGAAUUUGCAAUAAACUUGAUAUUAUAGCGCUUAUUCAUUAUCUCGUAGCGCAAGGUCGCUUUGCCACGGCCAACAAAUUAAGGCAAGUACACGGGGUCAUCUCUGCUCUUCUCCAUAGAUUGGGUUCUUUUACCUGCAGUGGAUUGGCGAUUGAAGCUAACGCCUAAAGCUACCUCAUACACAGGACCUUUGACUUAACUUCACCAUCCGAAAUGGCAAAUGCAUGCAUCCUUUACAAUAUGUCCUUGCCAAGAUCGACCCCCCUCCCACGGAUCCAUAGUCCACUUUAUUUUGACCACCCGCUAUGGAUGGUACUAUGUUAUAUCCUGGUCACAGCAUCACAUUCUUCCCUUCUCACAGGGCCUGCAGGAAACCAUGGGUGUGUCCGACACGGGCCCGCUGAUCCUGAUGAGUCUGGGGAUAGGAACCAGAAUCUACAGACUCAAACGUGCCAACUUUAGGGAGAUCGCUUCCGAUGAAGCCACAGAACACGCCAAACUCUUAGGAUAUGAAAAGAAGUAUCCAUCGGCCGAGGCGUUGUUGAUAGCGUUACAGGAACAAUCCAAGUGGGACGUUUACAAACAGACAGUUGUGGAGGAAGUGCUUCGUCAUCACAGACGCUUUGAUAAGUCUCCAACCGAGGAAAAACUCCGCUCCAAGAAGGUGAAUCGUCUCGUGUCCGCCUUAAGCCGGUGCAAUGACGACAUACUAUGCCUUCCGUACAAUGCCGAGAACACCCGAAAGAUUACGGAACCUACCGACGCGCCUAGCGACGAUCGCGAGCGAGAGGACAUCAGACGGGCAAGGAAGUUCGACACUCCUAUCGUCAUGCGGCCCAAAACGAUGGUCGCUAGGUGUGGCAGCAUGUUAUCAAGGGCGGGGACCACCCACACCUUAAAUAGUCAGAGGGUUUCUCCUCACCAAAGACUGGUCAGGCACAGGGUUAGUGCCCUCAGCUCAACGUCGUCUGACAGCUCUGAAGCAUCCAGCGGUGUCUGACAUAGCAACGACACAAAGAUUUCAAAUGCCUUAUCUUCUGCUACAUCACAAACACUGCAAUGUUGCAAUACUCUGUCGUGAGGUUUAUAUACCUGGUUCCAGUUGUGAUACAACAACAUCAUUUUGCUUUCGUAUUCCUUAACGUUGAAUGACGUAUAAUAGAUUCUUCAUCCUUAUACAGUUCAGUAAGUGCAGUCUACACAUUACGUCACCGUCGGCAUGUUAGUCAGUUAAACCUGGAACACUUAUAAAUCAUACACGUAGGUCAUAAUAUGUAUGAUGAUAUAAGAAGUAUUCCGUCCAACGUCCAGGUGUAACCGUUCAAUAUGGCGGACAAUUCGUACGUCAUAGUCACGUGAGUGCAAACACCCAUUUCGAUGUUGCAAUGUUGGGAUACAUGUACCAAAAACGUGCUGCUGUGCGUAGCUAUGGAAGCGAGAACAAGUGUUUCAGAUAGAAACAAGUCGUAGUGACAAACUGAAAGAAAUAAUAAAAAUAAAUACAUGAGACUGAGAAAUAAAUAUCUUUGCAACUUAAGAUAAUGUGAAGUUAGUUUCAGUUUCAGUUAAUGCCGAAGUAUUUAUUGAACGCCAUUUCAGUACCUCACAGCUGUCACGAGCCGCUGAAUUAGAAUUAAGGUAAAUCUGAAUGUAGUUUGCGUUUAGAUGAUUCUGACUGUCAGAAGACAUGACCUUUGGCAUAUAUUGGAGAACAGUAGGCGUCCAAAAUGCCUCAAAGACGAACCUGUAUAUGCAUGAUGAAUACAUGAAUGAAGGAUUGUCACAGCGGUGACUCCAUGAA